UUAAAGCGCCGCGCCUGCGCACUCCCGCCGCACCUGCUGAGACAGCAGCCUGUCGCGCGCCAGUUCAAAAGGCACCAGGGAGUGAUGGAGAGCAGACAGGCGGCGCGGACCGGAGGGCGUCUGCAGGUGUGCGGGCGGGAGCGCGCAGCGGACAGGUGAAGGGGGCGUGCACGCGGCCAGCCCAGACCAUGGGAGCAUCUUCUUAUCAUUAGUAUCGGUUCUGAUGAUGAAGAACAAAGGGGGGUGCAACAAGAUGACAGACAGGCCUCCCAAUACUUAUAGAAGGUGUCACCAAUGGCUUGUGGGUUUGCCUGGCGCCAGCUCCUUCAGUAGAAUUUGAACAUCGGCAGGUCAGCCUGUAAAUGAAUGUCCAGUUUGAUGUUUAAGUCGGGAUUAUCAGUCUUCCUGCACAAAAUGAAGAAGCAGAAUAUAAGGACUCUCUCUCUGAUCCUGUGCAUGUUCUCGUAUCUCUUGGUGGGAGCCGCCGUCUUUGAUGCCCUGGAAUCGGAGUCUGAAAGCUCCAGGAAACGGAUCUUGGAGGAAAAAAGGACUGACCUAAAAAAGAAAUAUCAUUUCUCCGAUGAGGACUAUCGAGAGAUUGAGCGUGUGGUUCUGCAGUCCGAGCCUCACCGUGCAGGCAAGCAGUGGAAAUUUGCCGGCUCCUUUUAUUUUGCUAUUACAGUAAUUACUACCAUAGGAUAUGGUCAUGCUGCCCCUGGUACUGAUGCUGGAAAAGUCUUCUGCAUGUUCUAUGCAGUCCUCGGGAUUCCUCUUACUCUCGUCAUGUUCCAAAGUCUGGGUGAACGCAUGAACACGUUUGUCAGAUUCUUACUAAAGAAGCUGAAAAAAUGUUUUCACAUGAGGAAGACUGAGGUGUCUAUGGAAAAUAUGGUAUUGGUGGGCUUAUUGUCUUGCAUUGGCACACUUGGCAUUGGAGCAGCUGCCUUCUCAUAUUUUGAAGGAUGGACAUUUUUCCACUCUUACUAUUAUUGUUUUAUUACUCUUACAACCAUUGGGUUUGGAGACUUUGUUGCCCUCCAGAAGAAUGAGGCAUUGCAGAAGAAACCACCCUAUGUAGCAUUUAGUUUUAUGUACAUUCUUGUGGGACUUACAGUUAUAGGCGCUUUCCUUAACUUGGUAGUCCUCCGCUUUUUAACCAUGAAUUCUGAAGAUGAAAGACGGGAUGCAGAGGAAAGGGCUUCCUUACGGAGGGCACAGAACGCCAUCGGUCUUCAGUCAAAAAUGGAUGCCAGAAGUCGCAGUUCUAUAUUUCUUCCUAUUGGAGAUACAACAAGCCAGAUAAACCUCAUACCCCUCAUGCAGGAUGACAAUGACAGAGGAAAACGUAGAUCUUCAAAUGCAACCUCUAGAGCUGGUUCAUUUUGCGCAUGUAUGUGUUACAGGCCUCCAUUCUGUAAUAGCCCAGCAAUAUCUAAUCAUGAAAGCCUGAGCUGUCACACAAACCCAGUUUACUAUAACUCAAUCUCUUACAAAAUCGAUGAAAUUUCACUAAGCACUCGAGAUAACACUGGCUUCUCCUCACCCAACAGCAUUUUUUCUCCUGACAACCAGCAUUAUACAGAUCAUUUUAGAGUGAGGAGAAAAUCUAUUUAAGGCAUGGGAGGCAAGGAACUAAUUCUGAGCUCAUAAUGUUCAUCAUAUGGGUCUUAAUAUUCUAUUGCUGUACUAGACAGAAAGGCCUCAAUGGAACAUAAAAGUUCUCAGUGACCUACCUACACAAGGACCAGCGUGCUUUGUUUUCCCUUUGCAUGUUGCCUUGUAAUAAAGUGGGUGUACCUUCAUUUUUAUCUUCCUAUGUAAAUAGUUGAAAUUGAUCAAAUUUAUAGAAGAAAUAUAUGUUUCAAAGUAACAAUGAUUAUUGUAGUAAGUUGGAAAGCAUAAAAGAUAUGUACAUACAUAUUCUGAUAU